CUAAUGAGAGUUCAAGCACACUUAUAAUAAUUGGAAUUGUGAUUGGCCUUGUGGUACUGGUUGCUGCAAUAGUUGGUGGUUUCAGCUACAAAAAUGAUAAACUCUGUUUCAGUAGAAAUGCAAAAAAAGCAAGUGGCGGUGGCUCAGAAAAUAUUGGUUUAAAUUCAAACUUUUCUGAUGUUCAAUUUAAUACCUAUGCACAAGUACAAAAACCAAAGCCAGUAAAAGCUACAAAGUCAGAGCAUUCUGAACAAGCUGUAACCCAAACCAAACCCCCUGACAAACCACAGCGUGCACCCAGUAGAGACAGAGCUAAUGUAGAGCAGCUGACGUAUGCUGACCUUGAUCUUGUCAAGAGUGAAGGUAAAAUUAUCCAUACGGAUCCCGAGACUGAAUAUUCCAGUGUCAGGUCUGAAAAACAACUGACUUACGCUGAUCUAGACCUCACCAAAGAUGUCAAUACUGGAAGCAAAGGCAAAAUUAUCCGCACGCAGCCGGAGACUGAAUAUUCCAGCGUCAUGAUAACCAAAAAAUAAGAAACAUAACCUGUCAAAAAGCCAACAGUUAGAGCAGAAUAAAAUAAAUAAGUAUUGAAAUUAAUGUGAAAACUCAUUCCUGUAGGAAUUUUAGAUGUAGCAAUUUGGAUUACAGUAACUUUGAAUUCUUUUGAUAACAAUUAUUAGCAGAUUGAACAAUUGCAAUUGUGAAUUACAUCAUUUUAAUUCUGAUUAAACAAACCGAAUGCUUUAAGCUUCUUGCUCUGCUUUGUGUUAUUUGUAUAUUAAAUAAUCUGUAUUUUUACGUUUGAUAAUAAUUAUUACUUUUGUAUUUGAUGAUACUCAGUGUUUUUGUAUUUGUUAAUAAUUAUAUCUUUGUAUUUUAAUAUACUCAAUGUUUUUGUAUUAUAAGUACAAGAUUAUUUUUCCAUUUAAGUACUUCAUAUUUUUGUAUUGACGUGUAUGAUUGUAUUGGGUUUUUUGUAUUGCUAUAUGUUAAUGUUUGUUAAUUUGAAAAAGAGCUAUGUGAGCAUGCAUUGCAAAGAUUUUGAUGGAUAUAUCUAUGCUGAAUUGAUUUUACUAAUUAUUCCAAUAUAUGUAAUUAACGAUUUUUAAAGAGUAAUUUUAUACAAUAUAUUUUUUGAUAUAAAAGCGUAAUAAAUAUUUUUGAUAGCAGAUAGCAUAUUUCAA